AUGCGUACACAGACGGAGUCGUAUCCGCUGUACAACAAUGGUGAUAUCGCAUGGACGCUCACCUGCACUGCGCUUGUGUGGCUUAUGAUCCCCGGGCUGGGAUACAUGUAUUCUGGUCUACUCAGGCGGAAGAACGCGCUCAGUCAGAUAUACUUGAGUCUCGUCUGUCUUGCCGUCGUGUCCUUUCAGUGGUUCUUCUGGGGCUACUCCCUCGCCUUUAGCGAAACAGGGAGCGCAUUCAUCGGAGACCUCAAAUACUUCGGCCUGAAAGGCGUGCGAGACGCCCCUUCAAUGGGCUCUACCCGCCUCCCCGCCCUCGUCUUCUGCCUCUACCAACUCAUGUUCGCCGCCGCCACACCCAUGAUCGCACUCGGCGCUCUCGCCGAACGCGGGAGGCUCGCCCCCGUACCCGUAUUCGUCUUCCUAUGGUCGACACUGGUGUACGACCCCAUUGCGUGCUGGACGUGGUCGGCGAAUGGGUGGUCCUUCGUGUUGGGAGGUCUGGAUUUUGCGGGUGGGACGCCGGUGCAUAUCUCCUCGGGGACAGCGGCACUGGCGAUUAGUGUGUAUCUUGGGAAGAGGAAGGGGUGGGGGACGGAAGGGGUUAUGUAUAAGCCGCAUAAUACUACGUACGUUAUUCUUGGAGUCGUGUUUCUGUGGUUUGGAUGGUUCGGGUUCAAUGGCGGGAGUGCUCUCAGUGCGAACCUCCGAGCUGCGCAUGCAUGCAUUGUGACGAACUUGGCUGCUAGUGUAGGCGGGCUGACAUGGAUGCUCUGGGACUACCGCCUCGAGCGAAAAUGGUCCGCCAUCGGGUUCUGCUCUGGCGCUAUUGCAGGUCUAGUCGCCAUCACACCCGCAUGUGGGUUCGUCGGAGCGCCCGCUGCGGUUCUCUUCGGCGUCCUCGCCGGUACAUGUUGCAACUUUGCCACCCAACUCAAGCACACAUUCGGGUACGACGACACCCUCGACAUCUGGGCGUCCCAUGGGAUCGGAGGCGUACUCGGGAAUAUCCUCACUGGGCUCUUCGCACAGGCCUCCAUAGCCUCCUUCGAUGGGAUCGCCGUGAUACCUGGGGGGUGGAUGGAUCACCACUACGUCCAGUUGGGAUACCAGCUUGCGGAUAGUGUUACGGGUGUGGCGUAUACGUUUGUGAUGACUACGAUCAUAUUGUGGGUUAUGCAUUGGAUCCCGGGGUGUCGGUUACGUGGAUCCGAGGAGGCGGAGGUGAGCGGGCUAGAUGAUCAUGACAUGGGAGAGUUUGCGUAUGAUUAUGUUGGGUUUGAGAGAGGAGGUGAUACUGAUAGUGAGAGUGGGAAUUUGGGGAGAGAAGGGGGUUGAGGUGAGUGCAGUGCCGGCCUAUUAGUUUGGGGUGUUUUAUCGCGUAUAGUUAUCCCUCUCUCGUUCAGACUUUAGAUUUCCUUCUUACUUAUACUUAUUCCUCUUAGAAUAGAAUAUUGCAUCGUAGAAUAUGAAUGCAGCUCCACUAUUAAUUAUUAACCUCUCAUGUUCGCUAAACAACUUGCGAAACUCGUCGAGCUUUAGCUUUACGAACGAUAUCAUUCUGACAGGAAAGAAUCCUACCCAUCCUCCUCCUCGUAUUCCUCACAUAGCAUCUCCCAAAUCACCUUCCCCAACACCCUCGGCGCCAUAUCCUCAUCUCCCUCCAUCGGCCGUAUUAUGUCUCUCCUCCCUGACAUCGCCGUGGAAAACGUUCGCUCGGAGUAGUUAAUCUUGUGUUCGUGUGGCAUAUGGGGAGGAAGAAACAAGUCCUCGUGUCGACCCCAUCUCGCGAAACUAGUAGCCAAGUACGUGUGAGAAGUAUUACAAAG